CAAAAUGGGGAAAGUAUUUGCAAAAGUUGCAUUUUAUUCUGCGUUUGCUCUUUUCCUAUUAGUGGAUAGAGUUAUAAGUCGCCAUUUGCAGUAUAAUGCUGUUGAAUUGGCGUCGAAUGGUGUCAGUGAUGGUCGAGAGGACGGAUCCAUUAUACGUUUCAAAACAAAGGAUUCUUCGGAAGAGGAGUGCAUGCUAAUGUACGGGUUUUUGCCAUGUUCAACCAAUAUCCCGAGUCAUUUGUUUCUCAUUGUGAUUUAUGAGUACCUGUUGUAUCAUGGUGAAUCCUAUGCUGGUGGUGAUGGCCGAAUAUUUCGUGUCCUUGGCAAAAACUUUUAUGUUACAAGUUUUUCUCAGCUUCUUGACGCCCUUCCAGAUUCUUUGAUCCUUCUUGUAACUGGACUGGCGAGUAGUAAAGAGAAAGCUCAAGAAUACGUUCUAACAGGUGCUGGGUUGCUUGCUGGAUCUUCAAUAUUACUUCUCACACUUCUCUGGGGAGCAUGCUUCAUCUGCGGUAGAAGAGAAUUCUAUGUUCAACCUGGUUCCGAAGUAAAAAAUAAAGCGAAACAGCUAUUAUCUGGUUCUGGUGUUCUUACAGAUGCAGAAACCAGUUUUGAUGCCAAAGUUAUGUUCUUUUCACUUAUACCAUUUUUAAUCAUCCUAUUGCCGAGUGUGUUUGGUUUAUCGUAUGCUAGUGAAGAAUACAAGACGGUCCUACUCGUGUCCCUUUCUUCUUCUAUAAUAUGCUUGAUCUCAUACUUCUACUAUCAGAGUAAUGAACCAAAGUUAUGGAAAAGGAGACUGUUGUAUGCAGAAGUCGAACAAAAAGUAGAAAUGCAUGUAUCAUUUUAUGACGUACAAGACCUUGUGGUGGACAGGGGAAAUCAUUUGAUGAUUAGAGACAAAAACAUGGAGAAAAGGUUGAAAAAUCUAGAGAGUGAAGAACAAACAAGUGAAAUGAUUAAAGAAUGGGUUGAUGACACUCGAAAGUUAAUGGAUACUGAUCCAUAUACAUGGGAUAGAACGGACACCGAAUAUAAUCAAGUUGCGGAACUGUUGCUAGAAGAAAAGAACACAUUGAUGGCUCAAAUACGGUCUAUGAUGGAACAUGCUUCAGAACAGGAAUUGCUUAAAGACGGAACACCAGAUGAAUCUGCCAUAGAUAAAUUCUUUGAACUCAUAGAUGCCAACGACGAUAAAUCUAUUACACGAAUUGAACUGAAACACUUCAUCAUGCAAGUCAACAAUGAGAAGAUACUGAUAGAUGACAAGAUAGCUGAGAUCAUGAUGAGACAUUUAGAUGUUGAUCGAGAUGAAAAAAUAGAUAAAGACGAAUUCAAAUCUGGAGUCGUAAAAUUGCUCAAAACUUGUAACUCAGAAAAGCAGGCGCGGGACAGCAACCAAGUAAGAAACAUCAUGACAAUAUAG